AUGUCCGGAUAUAAGUAUAAUGAGAUAGCCAACAAGGUACUGAGAACAGAUAAGCAUUUAUUAGAUGAAGAUGCCUUACAAGAGAGAAACAGAAAGAUAAAUACUUUGCCGCAGUCUGUUGUUGGUGAGAUAUCUGUAAAGGAUAUGGGGACUAGAGUUUCUUCUAGCGAUAAAAGAUUAAACAGAGAGGAGAUCGAGAAGGAGAUAAACAAUUACGAGAAUAAAGAGCACGGUAAAGGAGAAAAUGAUGAUAAAUCUGGAAGGCAUCGAUUGGAAAAGAGAGCAAGAGUUAACCACAAUGUUUUGAACUCAAAUAUUGAGCAGUACAACUACUACCCUUCCACAGAUAACAAUAGAGAAACUCUUUCCAGAAUUUUGAGCUGGUGUUCAAAUCAAUUAAACAAUGAUCUUCCAGAUGAUGUGGUAAGAUCCCUUGGUGAUGUUAUAAUUCAAAUAAUGAAAUCUGAUGCUCUUGAGGCAAAGGAAAAGCUUUCUAAGAUAAAUGCGGCUCUUCAACAUAGUAUUUCAGAUGAAGAUUUCCAAAACAUACUAGAACUAUGUGCAUCUAUUACUGAUUACCACGCAAAAGAUAGCGGAAAUUUAAGUGGUGAGGGAGAAUCUGGGUCUGUGAGUGAUGAAGAGUCUGAAUUCAGCGAUUCCGAUGAUGCAAGUAGUUCUGGUGAAAGUGAAAGCUCAUCCUCUGAAUCUCUACAGAACGCCUCCGAUGUAGAAAAAGAGAAAGGUGGCUUUCUCAGACCACAUGAUCUUAGAAAUGAGGAUAUUGUGAUACUUGACGGUGACAAAAUGGCUGAAAAGCAGAAGGUGGAUAUAAAAUCAGUGGAUCAGUUGUGGCUCGCCAGAGAGUUUGCUAAAUUGUUCCCAACUUCUGAUUCUUACAAGCAUUCGGAGAUGGCAAAACAAGUUAGGAACUGGCUCCAUUCACUUUUCGAGCAGAAAAUGGACGUUAUAAAAUUUCGGCAGCUUCUUUUGGGAUUAUUCAAUUAUGAAAAUAAUGAUUGGAUAAACAUGUUUCUUUCAAAUCGUGUCACGAUAUAUUACGGACUCAGACUUUCAGAGAUCGCACCGUCAGAUGGUGAUAAGAAGCAGAAGUUGUUUGAAGAGAUGGAUAAGGCUGGUUUUAAAAGUUUAGUCUUAGAGUACGAUGACUCACUUAAAAGAGCGUCAGAAGAUAAGGAUGAGGAUGUUCGUUCUUUGAAAAAACAAAAAUUGUCAGAUGAAGAUAAGGAGAAACCUAAAAAUGCAAAGCUGCCCAAAUAUGUCGAUCUUAACAAUCUUAUUUUUGAUCAAGGUUCACAUCUUCUUACAGCAAAUGAGUUCAAACUACCGAAUGGCUCUUUUAGGAGACUCAAGAAAAGCUGGGAAGAAGUCCAUAUACCACCUCCUAAAUCUGCCAUUUCCACAUUUAAGGGACGUCUAGUUUUGAUUAAGGAUUUACCCGAAUGGGCUCAGCAGGCCUUCCCCUCAAAUGAGACAAAAAGCUUAAAUGUAAUCCAAUCCAAGGUGUAUCCAACGGCAUUUUUGGAUGACGCUAAUAUUUUAAUGUGUGCACCAACAGGUGCAGGUAAGACUAAUGUUGCCAUGCUAACCGUCUUACGCUUGCUGUCAAAGCAUAUGGAUAAGAAUUUACAUUUAAGAUUGAACGACUUUAAGAUUGUUUACAUUGCACCUUUGAAAGCCUUGGUUCAAGAGCAGGUCCGAGAGUUCCGCAGACGAUUGCAAUAUUUAGGGAUAACAGUGAAUGAGUUGACCGGUGACUCUAAUUUAACUAAGCAUCAAAUUGCCUCUACCCAGAUAUUAGUGACAACACCUGAGAAAUGGGAUGUGAUCACAAGAAAGAAUAACGAUGCCUCGUAUAUUAAGUUUGUCAAGCUCAUCAUUAUUGAUGAAAUACACCUUUUACAUGAUGCAAGAGGUCCUGUAAUCGAGAAUAUCGUGGCUAGAACAUUGAGAAGCUCGGAUGAUGAAAACAAAGUACGGCUUGUUGGAUUGUCAGCUACGCUUCCAAAUUAUGAGGACGUGGCUGAAUUUUUACAUGUGGAGGAAAGAAACGGGCUUUUUUACUUUGACCAAAGCUAUAGGCCUUGCCCAUUAGCACAACAGUUUAUUGGUAUAACUGAGAAAAAAUCAUUGAAGAAGUAUCAGGCACUGAACGACGCUUGCUACGAAAAAGUUAUUGAAAGCUUGACCCAUAAUCAGCAGGUAAUUGUGUUUGUUCAUUCAAGAAAAGAGACGGCCAAAACCGCCAAGUAUAUUGCCGAUAAGAUUGUGGAAAAUGAGUCUCUAGCGAAAUUAAUACACUUGUCUACAGGAGCACAAGAAAUUCUUCGAUCAGAAACUGAGGAUGCCUCCAGUAACGGAUUAAAAGCAGUUAUGCCAAUGGGAUUUGGUAUUCAUCAUGCUGGAAUGAGUCGAAAAGAUAGAACUACUGUGGAGGAUUUAUUUGCGCAGGGAUAUUUAAAAGUAUUAGUUUCUACUGCCACAUUGGCAUGGGGUGUGAAUCUUCCUGCACAUACAGUUAUAAUCAAGGGAACGAUGAUUUAUUCCCCAGCUGAUGGUACUUGGGUUGAACUUUCGGCUCAGGAUAUUUUGCAAAUGCUUGGUCGUGCUGGAAGACCACGUUACGAUUCGAAUGGUGAAGGUAUUAUCAUUACAUCUCAAAAUGAAGUUAAAUACUAUCUUGCUAUUUUGAACCAGCAGCUUCCAAUUGAGUCGCAAAUGGCAUCAAGGCUUGCUGAUAGUAUUAAUGCGGAAAUUGUAUCUGGCAGGAUCAAUUCCUUGGAAGAUUGUGUUGAUUGGUUUGAAUACACUUAUCUAUUUGUUAGAAUGAAGCACAACAAAGCAUUAUAUCGAGUUGGACCUGGAUAUGAUGAUGAUACAUUUGAUUUACAGCGAAGAAGAAGAGAUCUUGCGUAUUCUGCCCUGGUGAUAUUGGCACGUAAUGGGCUUGUCAAAUAUGAUUACGAAAAUGAUAUUGUUAUUUCAACAGAUUUGGGUAGAGUGGCAUCAUACUUUUAUAUAUCGUAUCAAAGUAUUAAGGAGUAUGAUAGGAAGUUAAAUCCUUAUAUGAGUGAGAUAGAGCUUUUCCAAGUUUUUUCUGCCAGCGAGGAGUUCAAAUAUUUGCAUGUCAGGGAUGAAGAGAAAGAUGAAUUAAAGAAAUUAAUGGACAACGCACCGAUUCCGAUAAAUGAGUCUCCAGAAGAUUCAUUAGCCAAGGUCAAUGUUCUUUUGCAGGCAUAUAUAUCCAGGUUAUCACUUGAUGGAUUUGCCCUAAUGGCAGAUAUGAUAUACGUUGUUCAAAGUGCUGGACGUCUUUUUCGUGCGAUGUUGGAACUUGUAAAGAGGAAGAAAUGGGCUGAGGUCUCCCGUUUACUCCUAGAUAUAUGUAAAAUGGUUGAAAAUCGUAUGUGGUUGACUAACUCGCCACUAAGACAAUAUCCGAAUGUUCCAAAAGGUUUGGUUCGUACAACAGAACGUUCAUUGACACCCUGGAGGCAAUACUUAGCUUUAAAUAGCGAGAGAGAAGUUAUUGAAGGAAUGAAAGCUCAGAGUUAUGGAAAUCUUGCUUAUCAACUUCUUUUAAAGUUUCCUAAAAUUUCAGUGAGUUCAUCUGUGCUGCCCAUUACAGCUUCAUUGAUGAGGAUUCAAUUAGAACUCGUUCCACAAUGGAAAUGGGACGUUGAUAUUCAUGGUUACAGCCAAUCUUUUACCGUAUUUGUUGAGGAUGGGGAUUCAAAUAAUCUUCUAUUUACGACAUCUCUGAUUGUUCAGAAAAAGCACAUAAACGAGCCACAUUUUAUUGAAUGCACUUUAAAUUUUGUUGAUCGGCUUCAGCAUAAUUUAUUUGUAUCUGUCAUCAGUGAUAGUUGGAUUGGUUCUAUUACAAGAAAGCCGAUUAUACUUAGUGGUUUAAUUAUGCCGAAAAGAUUUCCUGCACCAACGCCACUUUUGGAUUGCCCCCUUGUGCCUGUGAAUGUAUUCGGUGCUUCUGCUCUUAAGAAUUUGUUUGAUUUUAAAUUCUUCAACAAAUUCCAGUCCCAGGUCUUUGGGUCCUUGUAUGAUGAGGAAGAAAGCAUUCUUUUUUGCUGUUCCAAGGGAAAUGGAAAAACAACCGCGUCAAUGUUAGCUUUAUUAAGCCACUGGAAAAAUGGAAAGGGUAGAGCCGUUUAUCUUAAUCCAAUACAACCGGAAAUUGAUCAACUAUACAAGGAAUGGAAGGCGAAGUUAGCAAAGUUUGCUGUAAAAAAAAGCAUUGCUAAGUUGACAAAUGAUUUGUCCUCCAAUCUCAAAAUCCUAGCAUCAAGUCAUUUAAUUUUUGCAACUCCGAAACAGUUUGAUGUUCUCACUAGACGUUGGAAAAAGAGGAAAAAUGUACAGAGCAUUGAACUACUUAUUUGCGAUAAUUGCCAUUUGAUUGGAGAUGCGCGAGAAGGUGCCAUUUACGAAAAUGUGCUAAGCCGUGUACGAUUCAUGGCAUUAAACCUAGAGAAACCUGUAAGAAUAAUUGCAAUCGGCUCUUCUCUAGCUAGUCCUCGUGAUUUUGCUGAAUGGUUAGGUAUACAUAAAAAAAAUAUAUUUGACUUCAGUUCAAGGGAUCGCGUUUUCCCAUUAAAGGUGACUUUCGAGAAAAUAGAAGUUUUGCAUAAUCCAUCAGCAAUUGAAUGCAUGAUGUCACCAGUUUAUAAACAGGUUCAAGAUAUGGAUGAUAGUAUAGGCGAACAGAAGGCAGUUAUUUUUGUUUCGACACGUAAAGAAUGUGUGAAUAUAUCCACAGCAUUUAUAGAGAGGUUGGCGUCUUACGGAAAUUCUUGGUUGAAAGCGGAGGAGGAUUCAAUUAAAAAGUACGUGGGGCGGAUUAAGGAUAGUUCUUUAAAAGCAUCUAUUAUGUACGGAAUUGGCUUUUAUUAUGAUGGUAUGUUGCGUUUGGAUAAGCUGCUUGUUGAAGGUCUCUUUAAGGCAGGUGCAUUAUCUUGUCUUAUUGCUACUAAAAGUACCACUUGUUGGUGUCCAUCUGGAAAUCUCAUCGUGGUUAUGGGUACAAAAGAUUAUAUUGGAAGAGAUCAUUGUUAUGUUGACUAUUCAGUUAGUGAUCUUUUUGAAAUGAUCGGUCUUGCAAGAAACACCAAUAGCGAAUAUUCCAGAGCAGUUGUUCUUACGAACAGUGAUGAAAUUGAAUACUACAAAAAAGUGAUCGGGGAAUCGCUCCCAAUGGAGAGCAACCUGAACAAAUUUAUCAUUGAUUUUUUGCUAAACGAAAUAAGUACAGGGUUGAUCAAAAAUCGUCAGCAGUGUGUUGACUGGAUCACAUACAGUUAUUUUUACCGAAGAUUACAGUUAAAUCCUUCAUACUAUGAUCUGGGAAGCGUUUCGGCAGGUAGCCUUUCCGAGUUUUUGUCGGAGCUUGUUGAAAAUUCGUUGAAGAAGUUGUCGGAUGGGAAAUUGAUAGAGCUCAAUAUUGAUGAUGACCUUUCUGAAGAUGACGGCGAUUAUAACGAUGAAGGAGAUCAGAAGGUGGAAAUAAGUCCAUUGAACGGAUGUAUGAUAGCAGCUUAUUAUAAUAUUUCUUUCAUUACAAUGCAAUUGUUUUGCAGCUCGCUAGAUGGGAAAACUAGGCUCAAGAAAAUGCUUGAAGUGAUUAGCUCUGCAUCUGAAUUUGACGAUAUCACUAUCCGUGGAGAUGACGACGGAAUAUUAAAUAGGUUGUAUUCGGCUUUACCGGUAAAAUGGUCGAAUGGUGUGAACUUUCAUUCUCCUGCCUUUAAGGCAUUUAUAUUGCUUCAGGCUCACUUCUCACGGUUGAAUCUUCCUCCUGAUCUACGAGCUGAUUUGAAAAAGAUUCUCUCAAAAAUAACGGAUGUGUUAUAUGCUGCUAUCGAUUAUUUAUCCUCGGAAGGUUGUCUCAAUGCAUUGAAUGCCAUGGAUAUAUUUCAGAUGGUUAUUCAGGGACUAUGGAAUAGUGAUAAUAGCCUCAAGCAGGUUCCAUUCUUCGGAACAACAAUUUUGGACAGAUGCAAAAAGUUGAAUGUCGAAACUGUAUAUGAUAUCAUGGCCCUUGAGGAUGAAGAGCGUGAUGAGUUAUUGAAUGGCUUGUCCGAUAGACAGAUUGAAAGCGUUGCAACGUUUGUUAAUCAAUAUCCUAAUUUGGAUGUAACUUAUAAACUUGACCUAAAUAAGCCCUUGAGAGUCAACGAAGAGAGAGAGAUUACUUUACAGAUUGAUAGGGAUGAAGAUCCAGAGGAUCUCACGAUUAUUUCUUCGAAUUAUCCAUUCAAAGGGGAAGAAAAAUGGUGGAUAGUAAUCGGAGAACCUGAAAGUAAGCGCCUAUACGGUAUCAGAAAAUUAAUACUAGAUAAGCAGACUCAGACUGUUAAGAUGAAUUUCUCCAUUGCCGAGCCAGGGAAACACGACUUAGCCAUUUGGUGUGUUUGUAAUGCCUAUGUUGAUGCCGAUAAGCAGAUCAUGAUUGAAAAUGUUAAAGUUGAGUGA